AUGGAAAAGCAGGCGCGGGGGUUGGAGGCUGGUGGGACUUGCAAGGUGGAGGUGAAACGCGGCCUGGAAACUUACGAGUUAACAGAAGAAUGCUUGCAAAUCAAUUAUUAUGGUGCUAAAAGAACAGUUGAAACACUAAUUCCACUCCUCCAGCUAUCUUAUUCACCAAGAAUUGUUAAUGUUUCAUCCUCCAGGGGAAAGUUAAAGAACAUACCAAGUGAUUGGGUGAGAGGAAUUCUUAGUACUAAUGUUGAGAACCUGAGCGAAGAGAGUGUAGAUGAAAUAUUGACAGAGUUUCUAAACGACCUCAAGGAGAGUUUACUUGAAAGCAAGGGUUGGCCUUUCAUGAUGUCAGGCUAUACAGUCUCAAAAGCAGCAAUGAAUGCGUAUACAAGGAUUCUAGCCAAGAAGUACCCCGGUUUUCGCGUCAACUCUGUCUGCCCUGGCUAUGCCAAAACAUAUAUAAACUUCAAUACAGGUGUCUUACCUGUUGAAGAAGGUGCUGCAAGUGCCGUGUAUUUAGCAUUGCUGCCUAAUGAUGGCCCCACAGGCCAAUUCUUUUUUCGAUCUGAAGUACAAAGUCUUUAA